AUGUAUCCUCGCCUUUCUGCUCAUCCCAUUAAGUUCGUUGCCAACGGCAUUGCUAGGCCACCCCCUCCUUCUCGUCCCUUUAAGGUCGUUGCUAGGCCCAUUACCAACCAACAAACUCCCCCUCCCGCUCGUCCCUUUCAGGCCGCUGUUAAGUCAGCUGUGCCAAUGGCUUCUAAGGCUGCCAUGCAGGAAGUCAUCGAACUCACAUCAGCUUCGGAAGGCUCGAAGGACGCAACAGCAGAGGAACCAGACACUGAAUAUGAAGAUGAUUUACGCGGGAAUAAACGGAAAUUAAAGUCAGGAAAUUCCUCCCGGACGUCCAAGAAGCGUGCUUCCUCAGAGGCUAUCAUUGAACCAAAGAAGGAAGGUGUCCGUUUCAAGGCGAAACCACUGAAACCAUCUCCUUCCGAUGCCUCUCCAUUGAAGGGGGGUCCGCUGUCACCGUUAACAGUGGGGUCUUCUUCAGUUGACGAAGAACGCUCAUCUGGCAAUGAAGCUGCCCAGCCAGUUCGACCUGCAAUUCGCAUCCGGGACGGUACUUCCAAAGUGCAGCCAAAAUUCAAGGCACUCCCAAAACCAAAACGUGUGGCAAAGGAAUCACGGACAGCCAUGCACCGUGUACACCGAAGGAUGUAUACGGUCGAUUCGGAAGAGGAGGAUGCUCCAGGUCGAAUUGACUCGGAGGUUACAGCGGAUGCUGGAAAAGGUGCUACCACGCUUGCAGACCCUCAGCUCGAUGCUGCAGCUCAGCCAGUGAACCCUACCCCGAUUACACUGGCCUCUACUACAGAGGACAAUGUCUCCGGGCAACCGGAAGUCACGCCCAGUGUGGCUUCACAACCUCAGAGCUCUGAGCCACCCCAACCCUCAAACAGUACGAUCCAGACAAUGUCUUCCCCUUUCACACCUAGCAACGAGGAGAAUGGAAAUUCCCAAGCUCGAUCUAUCAACCAUCCAUCUUCACGUCCUGCUGGGCAGAUGCCCCUUCCACAGCCUGAGCCGCUUCAGACUGAUAUUCAUAUCGAGGGAGCCGAACACUAUGCACGUUCUCCAUUGUUUUCACGUGAGGCUCCCAUCCCACGUGAGGCUUCUUUACACAUGCACGAGCUUCCCAGUCAUCCUCGUGAGCCUUCCGUGCCACUGCGAGAGCCUCUGCUUCGUCCUCGCGAGCCUUCCGUGCCACUGCGAGAGCCUCUGCUCCAUCCUCGUGAGCCUUCCGUGCCACUGCGAGAGCCUCUGCCUCAUCCUCGUGAGCCUUCUGUGCCAUUGCGAGAUCGCUCUGUACACCCUCGUGAUCACUCUGUGCGCCCUCGUGAGGGACCCUCCUACUCACACGAUGAUGCUCACUAUCGUGAUGCACAUGACACACUCUAUGAUCGCAAUGGUCCCCCUCGCACCCAUCCUCAUCCUUCUGGCAUCCUCAAUCCACAUGGCCUUCCACGCACCCGUAAUAUUGAAGAAGCUCGGUACGGUCGUGCACCCAUGGGAUUCAAUCAUCCAGGCUAUCCUUCUCGUUACGGCUCGCCUGCUGAAGGAUAUGACGACCGCUAUGAUGACCCUAGGUAUCCGUCAGACUCCUACUAUCAAGACAUGCGCAGUCAUGACCGGAGGUACUAUGGGGAUAAUAAUAGAUGGGCAGACCGCCGCUGA